AUGCAGUUCACCACUACUGGUUUCGUCGUCGCCGCACUGGCCGCCUCGACCUCGGCACACAUGAAUAUGUAUGACCCGCCGCCGCUGAAGUACAAGGGCAACCCCAAUGCCGUGACCAUCGACAGCGAUAUCACUUCGCCCAACACGGCCUCAUCCUACCCUUGCAAGGGCGCCCUGGAUGUCUUUGACACCGAUGAGGGUGCUUCCGUCGCCACCUGGGAACAGGGUUCCCAGCAGAGCAUCAAGAUUGAGGGCGGUGCUUCCCACAAUGGAGGAUCGUGCCAGGCCUCUUUGAGUUACGACAGCGGUUCCACCUUUACCGUCAUCUACUCCAAGGAGGGUGACUGUCCCACGACUCCCGAGCUCGACUUUACUGUUCCCUCGGACGCUCCCACCGGCGACAAGGUCUUGCUCGCCUGGUCCUGGAUCAACCACACCGGUAACCGCGAGUACUACAUGAACUGCGCCUCCAUCACCAUUACGGCUGCUGGCUCUUCCAAGAAGCGUGACGUCGUUGAGGAGAAGCGCGAGGAGCCCAAGAAGGUCAACAAGCCCGCCAAGCGUGACACUGCCUUCACCGACCGCCCUGCCCUCUUUGUCGCUCAGCUGGACGGCAUCUCUCCCUACUGUGUCGCCGAGGGUGUUGAUGUCCAGUACCCCGAGCCUGGCCCUGAUGUCGACUCUACCGGCUCCUCCCUCGGCCCCGCCACCUACUGCAGCUCUGGCGAGGCAGUGGCUGCUGGUUCCGACAGUGGAUCUGACUCUGGCUCUUCUGCAACUGGUGCUGGAUCUACUACUGCUGCUGCUACUAGUGCUGCCACCAGUGCUGCCACGAGUGCCGCUGCUGAGACGUCUGCUGCUGUGACUUCGGCGUCAAUGUAUGUUUCUUCUUCAUCGUCCCUAGCCAGCACAUCAUCGUCAUCAGCACCAUUGUCAUCGUCAUCAGUGCCUGUGGCAUCAGCCAGUGGCACAUUGGAGGUGUCCUCUAUGGUGUCUUCUGUGCCCACGGGUCUCACCAUUAUUCCCAUCACCAUCACCAAGUCGUCGAGCAGUGUGCUAAUGACUUCAUCCUCUAGUCCUGGAGGUGUUUUCAUCACCUCUCCCGGCGGCGGCGAUGCGUCAUCCACUGCCUCGUCCACUGCCGCCCAGGCUUCUGAGACGACGCUGUCUACCAAGACCAGCGCUGCCUCGACCUCCAAGGCCGCCACCACCUCUUCCUCUUCUUCCAAGGCUGCUGGAUCUAGCGCCGCUGCGACCAAGACCAGCAGCUCUGUUCCCGCAGCCUCCAGUGGUGCUGGAUCUACUAGUGCCCAGUCUGGUGCCUGCACUGACGAUGGUGCCUGGGCUUGUGCUUCGGACGGAGCCAGCUUCCAGCGCUGCGCCAGUGGACAGUGGAGUGCCGCCAUCCCCAUGGCUGCUGGCACUUCCUGCGUCCCUGGUAUCUCGGACACGCUCAACAUGAGCCGUCGCAGCACCAACAUGCGCCGUGUCCGUCGCGGCUACGAGGCCUACGACCAGAUCAUCUAA